AAGACUUGCAGGUCCCAAUUUUAUUAUUCAUUUAUGAAUGAAGCAAAAUGUGUUUAAAUGUUCCAUCCCUGCAAGCCAACUUUCCCAAACAGAAGCACCCGUUUUGUUUUGCUGCCAUUGCUACUUUCUCAACCCAGUGAAUCCACCCAAGCUACCCUCACCAUCAAACAUUCAUCUCACCACCAAGCUAUCAGAACCCCGUUGUCACCAUCACAAGAUUCCCUUCUCCACAUUACCAACCUCAUCUUGAAAAGCAAACCAGAAACCCUAACCAAAUCCCUAGAAAAAUGUGAUGUACAGUGGUCCCCUGAUGUUGUUGAUCGAGUCCUGAAACACCUCUGGAAUGAUGGCCCCAAGGCUCUUCAGUUCUUUGAGUCCCUUGAUCGCCUCCCAAACUACAAACAUUCCACCUCCACCUUUGAUCAUGCCAUCGACAUUGCUGGCCGAUUGCAUGACUACAGGGCCCUUUGGACCCUCCUCUCUCGGAUGCGCCGGCGCCGGCUUGGUCCAACCCCUAAAACCUUUGCUAUUAUCACCGAGAGAUAUGUGUCAGCAGGCAAAGCAGAUCGAGCAGUUAAGAUUUUCCUAUCAAUGCAUGAACAUGGCUGCCCUCAGGACCUGUCAUCCUUUAACACCUUCCUCGAUGUGCUUUGCAAAUCCAAGCGUGUUGAGAUGGCAUGCUCACUCUUUAAAGUUUUCAAGCGGAGGUUUAGGGCAGACACUAUUACUUACAACAUAAUUGCAAAUGGUUGGUGUUUGAUAAAGAGAACACCCAAGGCAUUGGAGGUUCUGAAGGAGAUGGUGGAGAGUGAUUUAAGUCCGACCCUUGCAACAUACAAUAUAUUGCUCCAUGGGUUCUUCCGGGCUGAGCAGAUCAAGGAAGCUUGGGAAUUUUUCUCCCAGAUGAAGAAGAGGGGGUGCAAGCCUGAUGUUGUUACUUACACCACAGUCAUUCAUGGGUUUGGCAUUGCAGGUGAGAUCGAGAAGGCCAAAAAGGUUUUUAGGCAAAUGGUGGGAGAGGGCUGUCUUCCUUCAGUUGCUACUUAUAAUGCAUUGAUUCAGGUUUUGUGCAAGAAGGAUAGUGUGGAGAAUGCCAUCAUGAUUUUUGAGAAGAUGGUGAGUAAGGGUUAUGUACCCAACGUGACUACUUAUAAUGUUUUAAUUAGAGGACUCUGCCAUGCUUCACAGAUAGAUAGAGCCAUGGACUUUAUGGAAAGAAUGAAGAAUGAUGAAUGUGAGCCAAAUGUUCAGACAUACAAUGUUGUCAUUCGUUAUUUAUGUGAUGCUGGAGAGAUUGACAAGGGUUUGGAUGUUUUUAGAAAAAUGGAUGGUGAGAAUUGCUUGCCUAAUUUGGACACAUACAACAUUUUAAUUAGUGCUAUGUUUGUAAGAAAGAAGUCUGAAGAUUUGGUGGUUUCAGGGAAGUUGUUGAUGGAGAUGGUAGAGAGAGGAUUUGUGCCUCGCAAGUUCACUUUCAACCGGGUCGUGAAUGGGCUUUUGCUGACUGGAAAUCAGGGGUUUGCUAAGGAAAUUUUGAGAGCUCAGAGCAUGCAUGGUCGUCUUCCUUGUAAAUUUAGAUUGUGAAACUGGUUUGUUGAUCAGCUCAGAACUGGAAUGAUGAGCCAUUGACCUGUGUCACUGCAUGGAAUUCUAUUAAAUUAUUAGCCUGUGAACUUUAUCUUAAAUUCUAAUACUGUAAUUGAGAUUGAAUUUGGAUUCCUCUUCUUGAAUCAUCACCGUCUUGACAGGCUGAGUUUCUUGUUAUAUUUUGUUUGUUGCUACUAUCAUAUAGAUUCAUUACUCUUAUCAAACACUUGUUUUCUU